AUCGAAAUCCAAAGUCGAUGUUGUUGCUCCACCUCUAUUGCUGUGACAUAUUAAUUAAAAUCAUUUUUUCAUAACAUUAGCACAGUAGGAGCGGAGAAAAACAACAACAAUACGAAGCUAGGACAGAUACAAAUUAAAUUUAAAUUUUUCAUAGAAAUUACUUUAUUUUUUCACACACACACGCCCGCUUACACACGUUUGUUCAGAGACGGAGACAGAAAUUACGGAGAACAUAAAAUCAAAAUGAGUAUUUUAAGUGUGCGCUAUCUGGUCCAGAAGUUCAUCCGCCAGGCAAACAUAUUGGCCAACAGGCGGGUACUGGGGCCCACGGUCCAGCGACCGCCACCGGCGUACGGUUCUCUCCGGUCGGCACACAGCAGCCUGUAUCAAAUGGUAAAGAAACGCACUCUCGAGGCGCGCACCAAAAUGCAAGCCAAUAAAUAUCCCAACAAUCAAGCCUGCGUAACCACACCAGUCGCCAGCGAGUGCGAAGAGAAUGUGGAUACCACCAAUCCCGUCCCACCGAUACCGUUCGCCACCACCUCAACCACUGCCACUUCCAACUUUCAAGCUCCCGCCCAAGUCGAUCCACUGUUCAAAGUGGGCUUUGCCGACUGCAAGAGCAUCUGUAGUGCCAAGGAGGUCCUGAAGUCAUCGGACUGCGAGACACACACUUCUGCCCCCCAUAUGGAUGUCUGCAAACCAAAGUCUGCCUGCGAAGAGUUCAAGCGCAAAAGGCAGGAGACGAGUUGCAAUGAUGAUGGCGGUUCCGAUGGAAAAGAUGGCGAGGAUGAGUGCGAGUGCCGGAUGAAGGAUUUGCGUUUCAAGUGUAUCCUGGGUGCACUGGCUGCCCUGCUAGCUGGAGGAUUUCUGGCUUGGUUCCUUGCUCGUGUAACAGAUGACACCGAAGCCAACAGGAUACGGGACGAGAUGGACCGAAAGAAACGUAACCUGGUAGCUGGAUUAGUCACAAGUCCACCCAGUUCCGAAUCCCUGCCAAAGCAUGUCCCGUACCUGAUCAUCGGCGGCGGCACCGCUGCUUUCUCCGCCUUCCGUGCCAUCAAGUCCAACGAUGCUACCGCAAAAGUGCUGAUGAUCAGCAACGAGUUCCGCAAGCCCUACAUGCGUCCGCCCCUGUCCAAGGAGCUCUGGUAUACGCCCAACCCCAACGAGGAUCCCAUCAAGGACUAUCGCUUUAAGCAGUGGACGGGCUCCGAGAGGAGCUUGUUUUUCGAACCAGACGAGUUCUUUGUAGAUCCGGAGCACCUGGCGGACAGUAGCAAUGGUGGAAUAUCUGUGGCUCAGGGAUUCGCCGUCAAGAAAGUGGACGCCCAGAAGCGCAUUGUGACGCUAAACGAUGGCUAUCAGAUCUCGUACGAUACAUGCCUUAUUGCCACCGGUUGCUCGCCAAAGAACCUGGACAUGUUCCGCGACGCAUCGCCCAGUGUUAAGGAAAAGGUGAUGGUGUAUCGCACCCCGGACGACUUUGAUCGACUGCGUCGCCUGGCGGCGGAGAAGCGAUCGAUUACCAUUGUGGGUAAUGGCUUCAUUGGCAGCGAGCUGGCCUGCUCCCUGGCCCAUUACGCCAAGGAGAACAAUGGCGGCAAAGUCUAUCAGGUGUUCCAGGAGGAGGGCAACAUGUCGAGGGUCCUGCCGAAGUAUCUUAGCCGUUGGACAAUGUCCAAGAUGGAAGCCCAGGGCGUUUGCGUCAUCCCGAAUGCCAGUGUUAAGGCCGCGACGCGAGACAAUAACAAUCUUAAGUUGGAGCUUAACAAUGGCAUGACCCUCAUGUCGGACGUGGUGGUCGUCUGUGUGGGCUGCUCCGCCAACACGGAGCUGGCGAGUCCUAGCAGUCUAGAAGUGGAUCGCAGCUUGGGCGGCUUCGUGGUUAAUGCUGAGCUGGAGGCCAGAACAAAUCUGUAUGUGGCCGGAGAUGCUUCCUGCUUUUACGAUCCACUUCUGGGCAGAAGACGAGUCGAGCACCAUGAUCACUCCGUUGUCUCUGGUCGUUUGGCCGGUGAGAACAUGACUGGAGCCAAGAAACCGUAUCAGCAUCAGAGCAUGUUCUGGUCGGAUCUGGGUCCAGAGAUUGGCUACGAAGGAAUCGGUCUGGUUGACUCUUCGCUGCCCACAGUCGGUGUGUUUGCCUUGCCAACGAAUGUGGCCAAGCGGGUGGACAAGCUGCCCGAGUCGCCGGAGAACCAGGGCUCCCAGAGCUCGGAUAGCUCGUCGCUGGAGAAGAGUGACAAGCCCGGUGUUACCUGUGAUCCCGAAGAAUCGGAAAACUAUGGCAAAGGUGUAAUCUUCUAUUUGAAAAACGAUAAAGUCGUUGGCAUUCUGCUGUGGAAUCUUUUCAAUCGAAUAGGAUUAGCUAGGACGAUAAUCAAUCAGAAUGCAAAGUACGAUGACCUCAACGAGGUGGCCAAGCUGUUCGAGAUCCACGCGUAGAGCACCGAGUGUCCCCCCAGUGGAGUGGACAUAGAAACAAAUAUCCUGGAAUGCAAAUCAGCCGCCGCCACCGAACAGAAAUCAGAGUUUAGCAUUUAAAUCUGUGUGUUUCUAACGCAAUAUACAUAUAUACGAAAAGCUAAUCUGAAACUGGAUACGAACGGCAACGGCACAAUGCAACAGAAAUUUUAGUUUUAUUAUUUUUGAAGUAAAUCCCAUUUUUUUUUUUAUAAUCAACGACGACAUUCAUUUGGUGUAUCUGCAUGUAAAUAUUUUAAGAGACGUGGAUACGCGGUCAUCUGUUGAGGAUUUCUGUGCCUUUCUUUUCCUAAUAAACAAUGGCUUUGGACGCACA